AUGUCGCUGGCGAGCGGGCAACCAUACCGCCCAGGGGACCCAGGGGGCCCCGGUGGUGGUUACUACAGUCCAACGAACUUUGUAAAUGGCCCCCUGCAAUACUUGAAAAUGGAGGCGACCUCCGGCUCGAUGCCACAAGAUCCUUUUUUGCUACGGCUUUCGGUAGAGAAGUAUCUAAACGUACCAAUCGACGGUGCAUUCAAAGAAAAUCGAGGUAGUUCAUAUGUACUGAAGGUUAGGAGCCGAGCGCAGUUCUCAAGACUGUGCAAGAUGACGAAACUGGCUGACGGAACUGAAGUCAAGAUUAGCGAACAUCCCCAGCUCAACCAACGACAAUGCGUAGUAUCCUGCUACGAUGUAAUGACCCUCGAUGACGCAUACCUAAAGCAGCAGUGGCGUAUCCAGAAAAUUGCGCGCCGUGAGUAUGAAGCCCGAUCAGGGGAAAACCGGAAUACUAAUUCAUACUCGACCGUUGCUGGUGGUAGCAAAGAUGCCGAAAUCAGAGAAUUGGAGGCGGUUGUAUCCCAACUUCAACUAGAUUCCAGGAAGAAAGAUGAAAUAAUCCAGAAGAUGGAAAGAUCGCUACAAAACCGUAGAGUAACCGAACGUCUCGAAACUGUACGAGAACAUGGGACCAUAGAGGAGUUAGUACGUCAGGUCGCCGAGCUAACCGAAACGUUGCAAUCACUCCAGAAAACGCUUCGCGAUGGAGAAGUGGGAAAUCGCCCAGUUCAAAUUAAAUUGUUCCCCCCAAUGCCGUGCGGAGUGAAUGGAUCAACGAAAGCCGGGCCGGACCUGCAAGAAGUCUUUGCAUCCAUUCCCGGAGCAGAUGUAGUGGAGGAUCUGGAGGAAACAGUCGAUCCAUUCGGUGUUGCGAUAUCUAAGCUUGACGAAUAUUUUUCGCCGAAACAACACGAGACCUUUGAACGCAACAUAUUUUGGACAUUAAAGCCAGAGACGGGAGAAUCAUUGGGGAAAUUCAUGCUUAGGUGUCAAGAUCAAGCGACUAAGUGCAAAUUUGGUGACACUGCAGAAGAGAGCCGUGCAAUUAGUGUAGUAGACAAGAUAGUCCUAUACGCACCAAAUGAGCUCAAAGAGCAACUACUCCAGAAAGAAGUUUUGAGUCUCGACGACGUAACGAAAAUGGUAAACUCGUACGAAUCCGUAAAGCAGCAAGCGCAAUCAAUAAGUCUACCAGGUACAAGCUUCUCUACCGAACCGGACUACGGAUCUUCGUCGAAUGUCAACAAGAUUCAACAGCUAUCACGAACCGAAUGCACUCGAUGUGGUCGGAUUGGUCACAUGGCGAACGAUUUUAAAUGCCCAGCACGAUCCAGGGAAUGUAUCAAAUGCAAACGUAUUGGGCAUUUUGCCGCACAAUGUCGAUCGAUCCCGGCAACUAAGCGCAAACAGUUCUCUAAGGCUGAAUCGAGAUGGCCGAAUAAAAGGUUUAAAUCGGAGCAAGUAAACAAGAUUGACACCGAUGGUGCCAAGGAAGAAACUACCUUCUUGUUCAGUAUCAGCGACGGAGGCGAAACAAUUCAGAUCAAGCUUGGAGGAGUUGUAUUGCAGGUACUGAUAGAUUCUGGGUGUAAGAAAAACAUUGUCGAUGAGCGCUCUUGGAACUACAUCAAAGCGAACGGAGCGAAAAUAUGGAACCAAAGAAAGAAUUGUGAUGAAAUGUUUCUACCUUACGGGGAAAAUGCGAAACCGUUGACUCUUUUGGGAAGGUUCGAUGCGACGGUUUCCAUAGCCGACGGAGCGAAAAUUUUAGAACUGGUCUCUACAUUCUAUGUGGUCAAGGGUGGUCAGCAAUGUUUAUUAGGCCGCAUCACAGCCACAGAUUUGGGCGUGUUGUUUAUCGGGUUGCCGAGCACUCACGGAAUCAACGCAAUCACUAAUACCGGAGCUCUUCCGUUCCCUAAAAUUAAAGGUAUUCAGGUAAAAAUACCAAUCGAUGAAUCUGUUCCGCUUGUUUGCCAACAACCAAGGCGGCCUCCUAUCGCGCUCAUGGUAAAAAUUGAAGAUAAGAUAAACUCUCUGCUUGCUAAUGAUAUUAUUGAGACAGUUGAAGGCGGCUGUCAGUGGGUCUCUCCGUUGGUAACCGUAGUGAAGGACAAUGGGGAUCUACGCUUAUGCGUGGAUAUGCGCAGAGCGAAUGCAGCAAUCAUUCGUGAACGACAUAUUAUGCCAACGAUAGAAGAUUUUCUACAAAGAUUUACGUCUUCAAAGUGGUUUAGCCGGCUUGAUGUAAAGGAGGCGUUCCAUCAAGUGGAACUUGAGGCUGAAAGUCGUUACAUAACCACAUUCAUAACACACAUGGGCCUAUUUCGCUACAAGCGUUUAAUGUAUGGUAUUGCUUGUGCCCCGGAAUUAUUCCAGAGAAUCCUUGAACAAAUUUUGAGUCCGUUUAGCAAGAACGUGGUCAAUUUUAUAGAUGACGUUCUUAUUUUCGCCAACACUGAGGUGGAGCAUGAUGAAGUACUCAAAGCAGUGCUGUCGACACUGAAUGAAUAUGGCAUACUGCUGAAUCAAACCAAGUGUGUAUUCAAGGUUCCAGAGCUGGAAUUCUUAGGACACGUCCUAUCUGCAGAUGGUAUUCAACCGUCAAAUAGUAAAAUUGAAUCCAUUCAAAAUUUUCGGGCACCAACUACCUCAGAAGAAGUUCGCAGCUUUCUUGGUUUGGUAACGUACGUUGGCCGGUUUUUGCCAGAUCUAGCAACAGUCACCGCUCCACUGCGUGAAUUGACACACUUGGCGGUUUCAUUUACAUGGGGCAAAGAGCAGCAGGAAUCGUUCGCUAAACUCAAAAAGAUGAUUGGAAACGUAGAGAACUUAAAUUUUUUUGACAAUAAGUUGAGAACUAGGGUUAUCGCCGAUGCUUCUCCGGUGGCUCUCGGAGCCGUUCUUAUACAGUUCGAAGGUUCUACCGACAUUGACCCCCGUCCGAUUGCUUACGCCAGUAAAAGUUUAACGACCACAGAAAAGCGUUAUUGUCAGACGGAAAAGGAAGCUCUUGCGCUGGUCUGGGCAGUGGAGAGGUUUUCCGUUUAUCUUAUUGGACGCAGGUUUGAGCUUGAAACGGAUCAUAAACCACUGGAAGCGAUUUUCAAGCCAACAGCUAGGCCAUGUUCGAGAAUUGAACGAUGGGUACUAAGGCUGCAGGCGUUUACAUUUGAGGUCAAGUAUCGUAAAGGUACAAGCAAUAUAGCGGAUCCACUAUCACGAUUGGUUGAAGAACAUUCACCUGAAGAGUUUGACGCUGAGAGUAAAUUUAUGGUAUUAGCAGUUAUGGAAUCAGCAGCAGUUGAUAUUCACCAACUCCAAAAGCUAUCUGGCACAGAUGUUACGCUAGAGGCGGUGAAACGCAGUCUUCAAACCGGAAACUGGGAAACUCAACUAGUUAAAUAUUUCUCUCCUUUCAAGAACGAACUAGGACUUAUAGGAGACUUAGUUGUUCGCGGGAAUAAACUAGUUAUACCUGAUUGUCUGAAAACACGUAUGCUGGAACUUGCACAUGAAGGUCACCCGGGAGAAUCGGUGAUGAAACGACGACUGCGUGACCGGGUUUGGUGGCCUGGAAUGGAUCGAGAUGCAGAGAAGCAGGUUAAAUCGUGCGAAGGUUGUAGAUUGGUGAGUCUACCAGCUAGGCCAGAGCCAAUGAUUCGUCGUGAAAUGCCCUCCAAGCCAUGGGUGGAGGUGGCCAUAGAUUUUCUCGGACCCAUGCCAUGUGGAACCUACUUGCUUGUUGUUAUCGACUAUUAUAGUCGAUACAAGGAAGUGGAAACAAUGACAAGAAUAAUAGCAAAAGAAACUGUAGAAAGACUAGACAGAAUAUUCAGCCGCCUUGGAUAUCCACAAUCAAUUACAUUGGACAACGCGAAGCAGUUCGUGGGCAUAGAAUUGGAUGAAUACAGCAAAAUAAAAGGAAUUAUUCUCAGGCAUUCAACCCCCUAUUGGCCGCAAGAGAACGGAUUAGUAGAGCGCCAAAACCGGUCCCUGCUGAAACGCCUUCAGAUCAGCAACGCACUCGGCAGAAACUGGCGGCAGGAUCUUCGCGACUACUUGCUGAUGUACUAUACUACACCUCAUUCAAUCACCGGUAAAACCCCCACUGAAUUACUAUACGGUAGAACGAUUCGAUCUAAAAUACCUGCACUGGAAGACAUCGAAAACACACCAGUUGAUGAGGAUGUACGUGACAGAGACAAGUUACUGAAAACCUUUUGCCAGGAAACAAAUUAUCAACGACAUUCAACCCAAAAGAGUAUACUGUUGUUCACCGCUCAGGACCACGUGUAA